CAAAGGUGAUGUCUUCAAAUUGCUUAUCAUAAUUCAAUGUAAUGAUAUACAGGAGGAGCUGGAACCAGACAAUGUUGUUGACUUAAUGAUCAUCACAAUAGUUGGUGUUCAGUUUUCUUUAACUGACUGACUAACUUUUGGGUGUGGAGUAUCACCUACAACAACUGGCUGACUUUCGCCCUGCUGGUGUGGUCCUGUGUAAUUUGGAUGAUGCGAGACCGGCGCCUCUACGCCAUGAUGUCCGCCCCGUUCCUGGCUGUCUACGGCACCGUCCUGCUGGUGCUGGGCUUCCUGAGCGGGCUGCGUCUGAGCCGGGCCGAGCUGUACCCUGGUCUCCCCCCGGCUGUCAUAAUGGACUUCGACCUGAACGGUUAUCACCCUGCGCCCUGUGUACACCUGGGAGCAAAGGUCUUCUACAGCUUCAACUUUUGGUUGAUGUUUCGUCAGCAGCUAAAGGAGAGAGAGGAGGAGCAGAGCUUAAAGGAGGAAUCUCUCGAUGAAGUCAAAGUCGUGCCACCAGAGGAAAGUCCACCAUCACCUCUUGCAGCGAUGCUCAUAUCAGGAGUGAAAGGGACGCUGGUGAAAUACUGGAUCCUCUUCUGCUGCUCCAUGUUCUUUGUGAUUAGCUUCUCUGGAAAGGUGGUUGUCUACAAGAUCCUUUACAUAGUCCUCUUCCUCUUCUGUGUUGUCCUCUAUCAGAUCCGUUAUGACGUGUGGCGUCGGGUCCUGAAGACAUUCUGGGCGGUGGUGGUCGGUUACUCCAUGGUGGUGUUGAUAGCCAUCUACAUGUACCAGUUCAAAAGUGUGUCUGGGCUGUUUAGACAGAUCAUGGGCAUGUCGGAGGAAGGUCUUCGUGACCUGGGUCUGGAACGGUAUGACACAGUGGAGCUGUUUGCACGUAUCCUGCUUCCUGCUAUGUUCCUAUUGGCUUGUAUCCUCCAGCUGCACUACUUCAACUCAGACUUUCUUUCUCUCACUGACCUCGACAACGUACCUGUCAGACAGGCUUCCAGAGAAGAAGAGCUCAGGAGUUCAGUCAAUGUGAUAUCUGAGACCAUUAAAGAAAACAUUGCAAAGUUCCAGAAAAGGCUUGUGAAGGAGCAAAUGGGAAAUGGGAAAAGUCAGGAGACACUGGACAGCGUUGGACUACAAACUUCCUCAGAGAAAGGAGCUAUGGAGCGGGAGGAGACAACAGAGGAGGAAACUGUCCCCAGCAGUCGUGAGGACAAGUGGGUUGUGAUUGUGGAUCGGGCAAGCCUGCUGCUCAUUCAGGCUCUUUCAGGACUCCACAGGCUCCAGGAGCAGAGCUGGAGGCUGCUGGAGCUCCACAGCCUCAAAAUCGUGUCCACCGGCAUCAUCUGGGUGUCACUGCAAGAGGUUUCUUUAAUGAACUUGCUCUUCCUGGUUCUGUGGGUGUUUGCACUCCCGUUCCCACGGUUACGACCUGCGGCAUCCAGCAUCUCUGCUGUGUGGGCCUGUGUCAUGGUGGUGUGCAAGAUGUUUUACCAGCUCAAAGUCAUCAAACCCCUCGAUUACUCCUCCAACUGCACAGCUGGCCUGGUGCCGUCCAACAGCUCGGGCCUAGAUGAUGGAGGAGAGCUGAGGGGGAACAUGCUGGAGCUGCUCAGGAGGUCUAUUCUCUACAUUGAGCCUGUGGACCCCGUCUACUGGUGUGGAGCGCUGCGUAAAUGUGAGGGCAGGAUCCUCCCCUGCCUCAGGAACCAUCUGAUGGUGCUCGGGCUGCUGUUGUUCGAGGCGACUGUCCAUCGGCACCAGCUCUACUUCCGUCUCCAUAACGAUUUGAAUGCCCUGCCCUUCAGCAUCAUCUUCCAGGGCAUCACAAGGCAGCACCUGGAUUACGGCGUCCUGCCCUGCAUCAAGUACUUUGUCAACUUCUGCUUCUACAAAUUUGGACUGGAGAUCAGUUUAAUCGUGGCGGUCAACGUGAUUGGUCAAAGGAUGGAUUUCUAUGCCCUGCUCCAUUCUUGCGCCUUAUUGGCUGUUCUGUCACGGCGACGCAGGAAGGCAAUCGGGGAGGUGUGGCCUAAAUACUGCUGCUUUACUGCCGGGCUCAUGGUGCUGCAGUACCUGCUUUGCAUUGGCAUCCCUCCCGCUGUCUGUGUUGAUUACCCCUGGAGAACCGCAGUUCAACCUUUGACCUCUAAUGUUAUUAAGUGGUUUUACCUGCCUGACUUCGCCAUGAGACCCGAUCCUUCAUUCAUAUUCUAUGACCACCUCCUGUUGCUCUGCUCGUCUCUGCAGUGGCAGGUGUUUGAGGAGGAGAACCGAGCGGCGGUGCGACUGCUGGCUGGAGACAACGUUGAGAUCAGCCGUAGUCUGGAUCCUUGUUCCUUCAACCAGUUCAUACCUGUCAAUAACUUCCUUCACUGCAGGUGCUACCUCGACAUGGUGAAGGUGUUUGUUUUCAGCUAUUUCUUCUGGCUGGUGCUGUGCCUCAUCUUCAUCACCGGCACCACACGGAUCAACAUCUUCUGUCUGGGCUACCUGGUGGCCUGUUUCUACUUCAUGUUGUUUGGAGGCAGCGUGCUGAUGCAGCCUGUCAGAUACAUCCUGCGACUGUGGGACUGGCUCAUCGGUUAUACCUGCUUUGUGAUCGCCAUGAAGAACCUGCUGUCUCUCGGUUCUUGUGCCUACCUGGACAGCCUGUUGAAGAACGGCUGCUGGCUAAUUCAGGCUUUCAGCAUGUUCUGCACCAUCAAAGGCUACGACGUCCCUGCUCCUGACGAUGAGUGCGAGCUGCCAGAGGGUGAGGCUGGCAUCGUCUGGGAUGCGAUCUGUUUCACUUUCCUCCUGGCACAAAGGAGGGUCUUCCUCAGCUACUACUUCCUCUACGUGGUGUCUGACCUUAAGUCUUCUAAGAUAUUGGCCUCCAGGGGCGCUGAGCUGUUUGAGGCCAGAGUGAAGAAGCAGGUAGCAGCCAGACUGGAGAUGGAGAAGAAAUCUGUGGAGACUCUGAAGAAACAGAUGGAGAAGAUCAAAUCUAAACAGAAGAGUGGGCCUGCAGCAGCAGAUAAACCAGCGCUUCCUGCUGAUCCAGAGCAGGUGACACUGGGUGAUGAUGAGAAGGCAAAGAGAGAUGCUGGAAAAUGGUGGAAGCCUUGGGUGUCUCAGCCAGGAGUGGAAAACAACUGUGGCUACCACCUGUUUGAGAGUGACAGCGAGGAGGAAGAGGAGGAAGUUCCAGAGAAGAAAGAAGAGGAACCACCACCGAAGAAGAAAUCUGCUUUCCAGUUGGCCUACGACGCCUGGAUCACCAGCUCCAAGUCGGCACUGAAGGACCUGAAGAAGGAGAAGAAAAAAAUUAAGAAAGAGGAGAAGAAGAGAGCAAAGAGAGAGCUGCAGAGACAGCAGGGCAUUGAUAGAACGGACUCUAGUGAGGAUGAACUCGAGGAAAGCUCUGUGGAGGCAGAGGGAGAGGAGGAAAAAGAAAACAUUCUGCAGCGCGUCAUUAACACCUUGAAGUUCAGCUGGGUGUUCGUUCAGUCCCUUCUUGACGACCUGACGGAGGGUCUGAACUUGUUCUGCAAAGAAAGCCUGGACAUUUCCAAAGUUCUGCUCUUUGAGCGUGCGUUACUCAGCCAACAGCAAAAGAAGGGUAGAGAAGUGAGCCAGGAGAGCGUGAAGCAGUUUUAUGAAAACUGGAUCUCCCGUCAGAACACGCUUUCAUCCCAAGACACCCUAGAUGACUCCCUGCCUCCCCCCCCCUCCCCACCCGAUGUCCCCUCCUCACACCAUUCCUAUGCCAAGCUGAAAAACCAAGCCUCCAAAGUGUCCUGGGGCAGCAGCGUUUCCAGCUGUAUGACAGAUGAGACGAUGCUGGGCUCCCGGCAGCCGACCCAGGAAGAGCUGGACGAGCCUCCUGCUGUGUCUCCUGCUGCUGACCAGCUCAGACGGAGGCUCCUGAAAACAGCCAACAUCGACCUGACCUCCUUUGAAACUGUUGAUCUGUCACCAAGCUGUGAAGAUGGCGCCCCUCAAAAAGAAGACCACAAAAAAGACGAGGGUGAUGACGAGGACACGGAGGGUGAGACGAAAAGUGAGCAAGGACCAGAAGAGACAGAGGAAGAGGAGGAAGAAGAGGAACAACGAGAGGAGGAUCGUGAGGUGGAGAGAAAAGAGCUGGAUGAGGAAGCAGAGCAGAGAGAAGAAGAUGAAUGCGUUGAUUGCCCAGAAUGCACCUCGUUGGGCUUCAGGGAGCGUGAUGGAGAGAAGAGCCUCGACCUCACAGAAUCUCCCAGACCUCUGAGUCAGGAAACGAGGAACCUCACUGCCAGUGAGCUGCUGCUUAACAAUAUGUUUGAACAUGACGAGAUCUCAGAGUCAGAUAAGUUUUUCGUGACGUUGCCGAGGCCAUUGAAGCUGGUGUUUGCCCUCUAUAACACCAUGGUGUCCAAGUCAGAGAUGCUGUGCUACUUUGUCAUCAUCCUUAACCACAUUGUGACGGCUUCGCUCCUCUCCCUCAUCCUGCCCAUUCUCAUCUUCCUCUGGGCCAUGCUGUCUGUGCCCCGGCCGAGCAAACGCUUCUGGAUGACCGCCAUAAUCUACACAGAGCUGACUGUCGUGGUGAAGUACUUUUUCCAGUUUGGUUUCUUCCCCUGGACCACGUCUGCGUACCGAGGCAUCAACGCCGAGCGGCCCUUCGCCUUGCCGAACAUCAUUGGGGUGGAGAAGAAAGACGGCUACGUCCUCUUCGACCUCAUUCAGCUGCUCGCUCUGUUCUUCCAUCGGUCUAUUCUCAAGUGCCAUGGGCUGUGGGACAACAAAGAAGUUGAGAUGCCAGAUUUUUUCAAGAAAAUGAAGAGGAAAGUUGACAAGAACAAGAUGACAGGAGGAGAUAAGACGGGCAGCAAAGAGAAAACUCAACGCCGGCUGAAGUUCCUCCCUCUCCAAGCCUCCACCACCUCCAUGUUCUGUAGACGAAAGAGAGGCGACUCAGCAGACCCUGAUGAGGUGAAGUCCAAGAAGCAGCACAGCAAGAAGAAGAGACGGCAACAAAAUAAGGCUCCGCUGACCAGGAAGCAGAGGAUCAGACAGCAGAUCAAAGAGUGGAUGCUACAGGCCAAAGCUGCCAUCGUAGAAGUCGCGCUUAACAUUUACCUACCCAUAAGACAGUUUUUCUAUGACAUCAUCCACCCAGACUACAGUCCUGUGUGUGACGUCUACGCUCUCAUGUUUCUCAUUGAUGUAGUCAACUUCAUCGUCACUAUAUAUGGAUACUGGGCUUUUGGGAAAUAUUCUGCAGCAGCCGACAUCACAGAGUCUCUGUCGGAGGACCAGGUUCCAGAGGCCUUCCUGGUCAUGCUGCUCAUGCAGUUUGGCACCAUGAUAGUAGACCGGGCCCUAUACCUGAAGAAGUCCCUGCUGGGAAAGUGUGUUUUCCAGGUGGUGCUGGUGUUCGGCAUACACUUCUGGAUGUUCUUCAUCCUCCCCGGGGUCACAGAGAGGAGGUUCAACAGGAACCCUGUUGCUCAGCUCUGGUACUUUGUAAAGUGCAUCUACUUCGGCCUGUCCGCCUACCAGAUCAAAUGUGGCUACCCAAACCGCAUCCUGGGCAACUUCCUCACCAAGAACUACAACUACCUGAACCUCUUCCUCUUCCAAGGGUUUCGUUUAGUUCCCUUCCUGACAGAGUUGAGAGCGGUGAUGGAUUGGGUUUGGACUGACACCACUCUGUCUCUCUCCAGUUGGAUUUGUGUUGAAGACAUCUAUGCAAACAUAUUCAUCCUCAAGUGCUGGAGGGAGUCCGAGAAAAAAUACCCCCACCCUCCAGGGCAGAAGAAGAAGAAGGUGGUGAAAUACGGGAUGGGAGGAUUCAUUAUCUUUGCUCUCAUCGGCAUCAUCUGGUUCCCGCUCCUCUUCAUGUCACUGGUGCAGUCAGCAGCCGGAGUGACCAAUCGGCCGGUGGACGUCUCCAUCCAGCUUAGCAUCGCAGGAUAUGAGCCUCUGUUCACCAUGAGUGCCCAGGAGCAGAACUUGGUUCCGUACACAGAAGCUGGAUUCAACCGACUCACCAAAGUCUACGCAACCCACCCAUCCGCCAUGCAGUUCAUAAUGAACUACGAGGCGGACGACAUUGUUGUCGCUAAGAUCAAGAGUGAUGCCAGUCUGCUGUGGAGCAUCAGCCCGGCCAGUCGAGCCGCCAUGAUCCAGGAGCUCAGCAACUCCUCUCAUAUAUACAUGACCUUACGCUGGACACUGCUCAGGAAUGCGUCCAUAUCUAUGGUUGUAGAGACGGUGGGAGAACACACCGUGAAGUUUGAGGACGAGGCCUUGAGGGAAGGGAUAGUCCACAUGCUCAAUGGCAACAGCAGCAAACCUGUGCUCAUUCAUUCUCUGCUGCCUAAGUUCCUCAGGGGUCCCAAAGGACCAGAGUCCAAAAUGGCAACAAGGAUGAAAGUAGAGCACUCAGACCGCCCAGACCUGCAGGCGCUGGCUUUCUUCAGGCCCAUGUCAGUCAAACUUCAGCAGGUCAACGGAGGGUCAGAGAAAAAGGCAGGCCAGUGGUGGGUGGUGGAGGAGUGCUCCCCAGUUCUCGCCUUCUCCAACCACAAGUGUCAUAGCAUAGAGAUAGUGGUAUUCAGUGAUAAAGUCAGCCCCUCCAGUCUGGGCUUUCUGGCUGGACACGGCAUCGUAGGCCUGUACAUGUCAGUGGUGCUGGUCAUCGGAAAGUUUGUCAGGGAGUUCUUCAACGGGAUCUCCAGGUCCAUCAUGUUUGAGGACCUGCCGUGUGUGGACCGGGUCCUGAAGCUCUGCACGGACAUUUUUGUGGUCCGAGAGACGGGAGAGAUGGAGCUGGAGGAGACGCUGUUUGAGAAGCUCAUCUUCCUCUACCGAUCGCCGGAGACCAUGAUCAAGAUGACCAGAGAGAAGAAAGACAGCUAGUGUUUGGUGGCAUACCAUCUGUUAGUAUGUGACGUGGAGGGUGAAACACCGCCUGUGGAUGUGUCCACACUGAACUACCAUCACUCAAAAUAUAUGUAUUAGAGCAAAUAAUAUUUGGUGCAGUAGUCAUUUCAUUCAGCAGGGGGAACUUGUGAUUAAUGAUCCAGUUGUAAUCAAGAACCCUGCUGAAGUGCCCCUGAGAAAGAUUUUGGGUCCCUUUCUGACUACUUAUCUUGAGCUCUGACUUUACUAGUAUUAAUACUGACAAAACAUGUUGCCUGAUUUGAUUAGUUUCAAAGCGGUCAUCAAUGUGGGCUUUACUUGUCUGACACUUAUGUUAUUGUUUACAGACACUUCAACUUCUAGCAAAAUGAGUCAUUUUCUAUUAUUUGCCUAUAUCAUUCAGAAUAUCAAUGACAUUUUACAGUAAUUUAGAAGGCACUAAACCAGACAACACCAACGAAUGUGAACUGCAGUUAAACAAAUUAAGUGCCUGCCAGUUAUUUGCUAGUUUAUUUGACUUCCAGCCCACUGGGCAAUGCAUGCAUUUCUAAUAGUUUUGGAUUCAGGAUUUUACUGGUCUAUGUACUGUACACAACACUGUAUUCCCCAACUUUAGAUUCUAUCAGGAGGAUCAAUGAAUAGUCAAACUACUGAGAUACUCAUGGAUCAACACACAUACCUCUGUAAAUACCAUGGUUCUGUAUAUGACUAUGUAGACUACUGCACUG